AUGUGCGAAGUGAUGCCCACCAUCAGUGAGGGAGACUCGGCCGCCCCGCCGCGUGGCCCCGGGGGAGUGCAGAACGGCUCGGAGCAGGAGGCCAACUUCGAGCAGCUGAUGGUGAACAUGCUGGACGAGCGCGACAAGCUGCUGGAGUCGCUCCGAGAGACGCAGGAGACGCUCAUCCAGAACCAGACCAAACUGCAGGGGGCGCUGCACGAGAGGGACAUGCUCCAGCGGCAGAUCAACGCCUCGCUGCCACAGGUGAGGAGUUACACACAGGGGAUUAACGGCUGCUCUGGUUUCAACAUCUUUGCAACAGUUUGGGCUGAGGCUGGGAGUGAAGAUGGAGUCAUACUGUCUGGAUGUGGUUGA